AUGACUAUAAUAAAUUUAAUUACUAAAAUAAAUAAACAUGAUAAAAUAAACAAAGAAAUUUUAACCGAAUAUAAUUAUUCAGACUUUAACAACAAUGGAUUAUAUAAUUCAAAUGAGAAAUCAAUGGCAAUAUCAUUUAAACAAAGUUAUUGUAAUAUGUUUCGACCAUUUUUAUAUUCAAUAUUUCCAUUAUCUUAUAAAGAAAAAUGA